UGGUAUUAAUGCAUCACCUGGGUAAUCAAACUCUUCUAUAAAAUAUUAUCACAGUAAUUAUGACCAUUGUCAUCUAUCACAACAAGAUUCCAGAAUCCAAAAGCUGUGCCAUUGGAUUAUGUGCAGAACUUGAUGUGUUGGAAGACCAAACUGUAGUGUUCUUAUGGUCAACAAGGCCAAGAAUUCCAGGGCUGCGCACCUUGAGUACACCUAAUGAACCAGUGAAGGGUGUGUUUCUGUUGGCAAUCCAUACAUUGGUGGUAACCGAUAUCUUCUUGUACAAUAUGGCCACAUACCAGUUUUUUGAAGCACCAAGACUGAAAAAUUCAAGCUCAAAAGUUCUGCCAAUUGAGACUAGGAAAGAUGGAAGGGAUACAGGAAAAUGCAUGGGAAACAAUUUAGUGCAAGUUCCUCACGUUGCCCCAUGUAAAUGCGAUUCCUUUUCUCUACUGACAUGCUUGCAUAUUUUAUCAUUGCUCAAUCUUUCAUUGGAAUGGUCUCUCGGAAAUUCCACAGCCACAAACGUUAGAGCUGAAGCUGGAAUACCAUGCAAUCAUCGGGAUGCUACCUCUGAACCUUGCUUCAUUGAGAUGCCGGAGAGCAGCAAAGGAUUUUCAUUGAUUUUGCCCGCUUCAGAUGUGUCCUCUCACUGGUAACAGACACACUGCGAAUCUAAACCUCAAUACAUGUGCUUUCUAACUCAGCAAUUCUAUGUAAAGAUGCUUGUUCAAUGCAAGCACGGCGCUUACACUCUUCUUCAAGCAAACCUGUCAUUCGGUAUCUGAGCUCAGCCAUUUCUUGAGCUAGAUCCUUUGCUUC